AUGAACAACUUCCCCCGAGCCGAAGACCAAAAAUCUAAGAUGUCGGCGGAAUUGGAUUACUCUAGGCGCAACGAGUCUCCGAGGCCGCUCACCGACGAUGAGAAGGCGCUUUUGGAAGAGUUCAUUGAUUCGAUCCACUACUCGGCGAGAUACUCGGAUAACGAAUACGAAUAUCGACAUGUCCAGCUGCCGAAGAACAUGCUGAAGGCCAUUCCGAAGGCUUACCACGACUCGACCAAUGGCACAUUGAAGCUGUUGUGGGAGGAGGAGUGGAGAGCAUUGGGGAUUACACAGAGUCUUGGAUGGGAGCAUUAUGAGGUCCAUGAGCCUGAGCCUCACAUACUUCUUUUCAAGAGACCGAUCAACUAUGCUCCCCCCGGCCAAUAG